GCUGUAAAAGGGGAUGUUUGCGGAAGUGCGUCCAUCCACGACCACGAUUUUUUCAAGUUUUCAAAGUGCUUUGAGGCGACUGUUGAGGUUACUGGUGAAAGUCGCUUCUCUGUUGUGAGUUUGACGACCAAACGUGUCAGUGAAAUUCGUGGCUGACUUCCUCUUUGGCAAAAAAAGCUAAUGCUCUCGGCUGAAAAAGGGAGGACACGCCGUCGGUGAGCAUGGCUCGACCUCUCCAGCUCCUCUCCCUCCUCUGCAGGCUCGGUGCUCGGUCAGUGCUCCCCUCGGUUCCUGUUAACAGCUUUCGAUUUGCAAGCAGAGGUGCCAGCAAGGCAUGGGCGGGACGCAGCCAUGAGCCCAGGGGCAGAGUGUCAGACAGAGAUGACAUGUCUGAUGAUGAACUGGAUGAUGUAGAAGACAAAGUCCAGGCCCUGGUUGAUGAAGAGAGAAAGAAGCAGAGGACUGUGAAGUAUCAUAUACUGAGAAGGCACAUGACCCCAUCAGGAGCCCCACAGAGGAAGCUCACCUGGGAUGCUAUGGAGCAGAUCAGAUAUCUGAAGCAAGAGCAACCAGAUGAGUGGACGGUGGAGCGUCUGGCUGAGGGCUUCUCUGUCACCCCUGAUGUCAUCCGGAGAGUCCUCAGGAGCAAGUUCCACCCCCCUCCUGAGAAAAAAGCCAAGCAGGACUCUAAAGUGAUGGCUGGACUCCGCCAGCAGGUGCUGCCCUCAGGUGCUGGCAGCGGGCUGAAACUGCCUGGACAGCACACACCAGCUGCACUCCCACCUGGAGGAGGAGAAGGAGCUGUGGUACCUGUGGCUGAGCGGACUCUGAUGCUGCGAGGUGAAGGCUCAGCAGCACCCCUGGCUAAGAGUCCUGCCCCACUUUCUGUUCUGCCCAGCCAGGUCAGAGCCGGUGUGGGGAAAGUUUCCCCGGACACAGAAUGCACAGAAGAGGACAGCAGCACUAACACAAACCCCACAGAGGAGAACAGAGAGGAUGAGGAGAGCUGGGAUGGACGAGUGAUGACCGAAGAAGAACUGGAGGAGUUUAUGGAAAUGGAGAAGCCGUCUCCUGUCGUGCAAGUCGGAAAAGACUUCUUUGAUGCAGAGGGAAACUUUUUGUAUAGAAUCUGAGGACUAACCAUGUAAAGAACUAUAUGAUGCCUUGUUAUAAAUUAAACUAUUAAACGGUGUAUACAAAUUGGG